CCGGCCAUGGGCAUGAGGCCCAGCGCCGUGACAGCUCGGGGUGAAGGGCGGCUGGAAGGAAGGUGCCUUGUUGUUGGGUUCAGAACGAUGGACAACAAGCCGCUGCUGCAGGAAAGGCCACCCGCGUACGCACCCAGCUCGACGGGCUACGAGUACGGUCAGACUUACGGUACCAUCCCGCCGCCUGGAUACCAGCAGCAGCCUCCCCCGUACUCCUACCCAGCUUCAGGGUAUGUGCCUCCUGUCUCAGUAAGUGUUCAACCUCCCGUGUGCCCAGGGCCUAACUAUUCAAGCACUUAUACCAUCAUCCAGCAACCUACUGCAGCUUCUGUUGUAGUGGUGGGUGGGUGCCCAGCCUGCAGAGUUGGUGUUCUGGAAGAUGACUUCACUUGCCUUGGUGUGCUAUGUGCAAUAUUAUUCUUCCCCAUUGGGAUCCUCUUUUGCUUAGCACUGCGACAGCGGAGAUGCCCAAAUUGUGGGGCCAGUUUUGGUUGAUGGGAUCGAUGAGCAGGCUACCUGUGGCCAAAUUUUUUUUUUACUGUAAAUUCUCCCCUAUUGUGUAUAAAUUACCAUGAAUGAAUUGUCUUCAUUCUGUACUAUUUAGUUUGAUAGAAAUUGAGGUGAUCUUUAAAGAAGCAUGAUAAUUGAAAUGUCUGAACAAGAAGUAAUUUUUGGUUUUGAAUGUUAAAAUAUACAAGUGAGAAAUUGGCUCUGUACCCUACUGUUCCAUGAAUGCAACUGAAAAGCUACAAUUAAAUUUGCAUCCUUGUAUCACUGAUUUUUAACAACAGCUGCUUGUCAGAUGAUUAAAAUAUCUUGCCACUGA